AUGGGACAACCGAAGAUCAGUUUGAAGAAAUUGGCCAGUGUUAAAGGAAAAUUCUCUAAGCCAAUAUAUAAUUAUUUGAAUAGAUUUCGUUUGCUUAAGGACAUAUGUUUUACACAAGUGUCUGAACAUGAAUUGGUCAAAAUUUCUGUUGGUGGCCUUAAUUAUUCCAUUAGGAAAAAACUAGAUACCCAAUAUCUAAAGGAUAUGGCCCAGUUGGCUGACAGGGUUCAACAAGUAGAGCGCCUGAAGGCUGAAAAAGCUAGAGCAAAUAAGAAUAACAGGAGGGAAAGGGUAGCCUACGUCGAAUUAGAUGAAGAUGGUCCAGGAACAUAUAGUGAUCCCCUAAAUUUUGACGAAAGCGAAGUGGACCUCGUUGAAUUGAAGCAAGGACCACCUUACUCAUGCAGAGUCAUAACGCCUUUGAAUGGAAAAAACCUAGUCGAACUAGAAAAGAGUGAUGCAUUCCCUAAGAAAAUAUACAUUUUCGACAUCACCAAGUGUGACGAUAUUUUCAAUUUAUUAGUUAAAGAUGACCAUAUGAUAGUGCCUCCUAGUGAUAAAAUACCUUCUUUAGAACAAAGGAAAAAGAGGGGGUUUUGCAAGUAUCAUAAUUUUUUGGGCCAUAGAACUUUGCAAUGUUUUCUCUAUAGGGAUCUUGUGCAGAAGGCUAUCAGAGACGGAAGGCUCAAGUUCGGAGAUAGGUAG